AUGAAAAUAUACUAUAGUGACUCAUCGUCGGACUCUGAACCCGACGCUAACAAAUACCGAAACAACCGUAAUUACAAUAGAAAUAAUAAUGAUAGCGAUGAAUAUAAGCAAGGUGUCAUUAGCUCGUACUUAAAUUUACCAAACAAUCAAAAAGGCAACGAAUCAGGAAUAGAUAACCCUGCAAUUUCAAGUAAAUUAAGUGCAUUAUCACCCCCUCCAAAGAUUGACUUCCAAGCAAUCCACAUGGAGCUUAAGAAUAUAUUUAUUGAGCCUUUCGAUCAAAAUCCAGAAAGCCAUCAAGUACCAAAAUAUCCAACUGUAUUUGACGAUGUACAUGAGGAAGCACCGAAAUUAUUUGAGUGGAAAACAUUCCAACUUCCAAAUGUACCCGAUGUUGAUGUUUCGCAAAUUACUAACGCAAUUCAUCAGAAAUUCGAUAUGCUACGCCUUGUCGAAUUAAUGCGUAAAACUUAA